AUGCUCGCCAAGUCCAUCGUCCUCCUCUCCGCAUUCGCCGGCCUCAUCGCCGCCAUGCCGACCCCCACCGAACACACCGGCCCCUCCGGAACCGUCCCCCUCACCGGCGUGACCCACACCGUCGUCGCCGGAAGAGGCGGCCUCCGCUUCGACCCCGACAACGUAGUCGCCGAGGUCGGCGACGUGGUCGAAUGGCACUUCCUCCCGCGGAACCACGCCGUCGCCCAGUCGUCCUUUGCGAACCCCUGCACGCCGCUGGCCAACAGCACGGGCUUCUACUCCGGCUUCAACUUCGCCGUGCAGGAGGGCCAGGCCGAGAACGUGUUCCAGGUCGUGGUGGAGGACGGGCGGCCCACCUGGUACUACUGCCCGCAGCUCAACGGCGCGCAUUGCCAGAACGGCAUGGUCGGGGUCAUCAACCAGAACUUUGAUAGCCCGGACUUCGACCUUCGCGCGCACAGGAGGCUUGCGGCUCUGACGGGUGUUAGCGUUAUUCCGGCGAUUCAGCAGGGCGGCGAGGUUGUUGAGAACCCGAACCCGCUUUCUGGGUUUUAG